AUGAAAGAAUUCCUAACGUUCCAGCCUUCAUCUGCACCGGUAUCCACUCAAUUGGCUGCACAACUACCUGGAUUUUUAUAUGAAACUGAUAAGGAUAGAAAUUCCCACGACGAUUCGUUAUCACCACCUGUUACAACAACAAGAAUGGUCGAUUUGCCAUCUGAAUCCGUUCAACAAAAAUCAUUAACUACAACCGCUAAAGUUGGCUUAUUAAUUGAUCAAGACAGGGUAAAAUUUGAUCCGCAAUCAAAAGUGUUUAAUGUUCGCUCGUUGGAUGAUAAAAAUAUCUAUUAUAUUCACAUGAGAGAUCCGAAGCGUCUAUUUAAAUGUUCAUGCCCAAAUAUGCAGCAAUCAUGUUCACAUGUGAGUAUGCCGUUUCCUUAUCGUGUAUCACGUCACUUUUUGGGAAUCUUUCAGAUUACAGCGGUGAAAGUGGUAUUAGGUGCAUAUGUAAAUGAAAAACCGACAAAAGUUAAUAUGGAACAAGAAAGAAAACGAAAGAAUAAAGAAGAUAAAAUUGGAGUAGGAGGGAAGAAAAGACCACGACGAACUGAUAAAGAAGCAAAUAAAAUUUAUUUAUCAAAAUCAAUCUCCGAACACAUCAAUAAUAAUACAACAUUGUCUUCGACAUUAGCAACAACCGUUUUAGAAACACCUUUACAGGAUAUUACAAAUCGCAUUUCAUCAUCGUCACCAUUAACACGUCACGAUUAUUCAUCAACUCGAAGUAUUAUACUGGUGCCGUCACAACAAAAGCCAGCCCAUCCAUGCAUCAAUACAACAUCAUUCGCACCAACAACAAAUCGAAACACUUUUCAAACACCUCAAUUUCCUGUAUUAUAUACUCUCGUUCAUAAAACAUAA